AUGAUCUGGGGCCGCUGCUCGCAGAUGCACAUACAAUCUCGGCUAGGCCUUCUUGUGAGCGUUACCUUUGGUAGGGAGGCAGGGACACCUUUGUUCAGCGACAUCGAGAUGCAUCCUAGAGACAAGCUGAAACGAAGAGGUGGCGGCGAAAUCCCAGGCGUUCAACAAGACUCCAUCCUGCCGCUCGUGUGUGUCGGCAAAUCACACCUUGCCAUCGAGUUCGCUUAUCGAAUCGCCGGGGCGCAAGCAGACAGAUGGGUGUUCUGGGUUUAUGCCGACGCGCAGGCGCGCGUCGAGGAGGGGUUCAGGACGAUUGCCGACGCCGUGCUGCCCGGCCAGAACCAACCAAAAGCCAACAUCCCCCAACUCAUGUACGGCUAG